CCAUCUCCGCCCGUUGGGUGCCGCACGCCGGAGUUGGGAGGGAUGUUCAGCCUGCAAGCCCAGGUCGGGGCGGGCGCUCGGGUCCGGCUGCGCGGGCGGCGCUGCUGCCGCUGCCCAGAACGGGCGCCGGUUCCCGGGGAGCUUCGGCGCCGCUCCUCCGCCUUCUGAUAUCCUCUGAGAGCCAAGCCAAGAACAUUAAGGAAGAGAGGAGGAAUGAGGCUGGAUACAGUGCAGUGAAAAAAGACACUUCAAGGAGAAGGGUACCCACUACUCAGAAACUGGACUGUGUCAUCAAAAUGAGAACUUACCGAUACUUCUUGCUUCUCUUUUGGGUUGGCCAGCCCUACCCAACUUUCUCAACUCCACUAUCUAAGAGGACUAGUGGUUCCCCGGCAAAGAAAAGGACCCUGGAGCUCUCUGGCAACAGCAAAAAUGAGCUGAACCGUUCGAAAAGGAGCUGGAUGUGGAAUCAGUUCUUUCUGCUGGAGGAAUACACAGGAUCCGAUUAUCAGUAUGUGGGCAAGUUACAUUCAGACCAGGAUAGAGGAGAUGGAUCACUUAAAUAUAUCCUUUCAGGAGAUGGAGCAGGAGAUCUCUUCAUUAUCAAUGAAAACACAGGGGAUAUACAGGCCACCAAGAGGCUGGACAGGGAAGAAAAACCUGUUUACAUCCUUCGAGCUCAGGCCAUAAACAGAAAAACAGGGAGACCCGUGGAGCCCGAGUCUGAAUUCAUCAUCAAGAUCCAUGACAUCAAUGACAACGAACCAAUAUUCACCAAGGAGGUUUACACAGCCACUGUUCCCGAAAUGUCUGAUGUCGGCACAUUUGUUGCCCAAGUCAGUGCAACUGAUGCUGAUGAUCCAACGUACGGAAACAGUGCCAAAAUUGUCUAUAGCAUCCUACAGGGGCAGCCCUACUUUUCAGUUGAAUCAGAAACAGGUAUCAUCAAGACAGCCUUGCUCAACAUGGAUCGUGAAAACAGGGAGCAGUACCAAGUGGUGAUUCAAGCCAAGGAUAUGGGUGGCCAGAUGGGGGGACUGUCUGGGACCACCACAGUGAACAUCACGCUGACGGAUGUCAAUGACAACCCUCCCCGGUUUCCCCAGAGUACAUACCAAUUUAAAACCCCUGAAUCGUCUCCGCCGGGUACACCAAUUGGCAGGAUCAAAGCCAGCGAUGCAGACCUGGGAGAAAAUGCUGACAUUGAGUACAGCAUUACAGAGGGAGAGGGGCUGGACGUGUUUGAUGUCAUCACCGAUCAGGAAACCCAGGAAGGGAUUAUAACUGUCAAAAAGCUCUUGGACUUUGAAAAGAAGAAAGUGUACACCCUCAAAGUGGAAGCCUCCAACCCUCACAUUGAACCCCGCUUUCUCUACCUGGGUCCAUUCAAAGAUUCAGCCACAGUUAAAAUUAUGGUGGAAGAUGUAGACGAGCCCCCUGUCUUCAGCAAACUGGCCUACAUCCUACAAAUAAGAGAAGAUGCUCAGAUAAAUACGACAAUAGGCUCAGUCACAGCCCAAGAUCCAGAUGCUGCCCGGAAUCCUGUCAAGUAUUCUGUUGAUCGACACACAGAUAUGGACAGAAUAUUCAACAUCGAUUCUGGAAAUGGUUCAAUUUUUACAUCGAAACUUCUUGACCGAGAAACAUUGCUGUGGCACAACAUUACAGUGAUAGCAACAGAGAUCAAUAAUCCAAAGCAAAGCAGCCGAGUACCACUGUAUAUUAAAGUUCUAGAUGUCAAUGACAACCCUCCAGAAUUUGCUGAAUUCUAUGAAACCUUUGUCUGUGAGAAAGCAAAAGCAGAUCAGUUGAUUCAGACCGUACGAGCCGUUGACAAGGAUGACCCUUACAGCGGGCACCAAUUCUCGUUCUCUUUGGCCCCAGAAGCAGCCAGUGGCUCAAACUUUACCAUUCAAGACAACAAAGACAACACAGCGGGAAUCUUAACUCGGAAAAAUGGCUAUAGUAGACACGAGAUGAGCACCUAUCUCCUGCCUGUGGUCAUAUCAGACAAUGACUACCCAGUCCAAAGCAGCACUGGGACAGUGACUGUCCGGGUCUGUGCGUGUGACCACCAAGGGAACAUGCAGUCCUGCCACGCGGAGGCCCUCGUCCACCCCACGGGGCUGAGCACGGGGGCUUUGGUUGCCAUCCUGCUGUGCAUCGUGACCCUACUAGUGACAGUGGUGUUGUUUGCAGCUCUCAGGCGACAGCGGAAAAAAGAACCUUUGAUCAUUUCCAAAGAGGACAUAAGAGACAACAUUGUCAGUUACAACGACGAAGGUGGGGGAGAGGAGGACACCCAGGCCUUUGAUAUCGGCACCCUAAGGAAUCCCGAAGCCAUAGAGGACAGCAAAUUACGCAGGGACAUUGUGCCCGAAGCCCUUUUUCUACCCCGACGGACUCCAGCAGCUUGUGAUAACACCGACGUCCGAGAUUUCAUUAACCAAAGGUUAAAGGAAAAUGACACGGACCCCACUGCCCCGCCCUACGACUCUUUGGCCACCUUCGCCUACGAGGGUACCGGGUCGGUGGCCGAUUCCCUGAGCUCGCUGGAGUCGGUGACCACGGAUGGAGACCAGGACUACGAUUACCUUAGUGACUGGGGGCCUCGGUUCAAAAAGCUCGCAGAUAUGUACGGGGGGGUGGGCAGUGACAAGGACUCCUGAUAUGUUGCCUUUUUCAUUUUCCAGUACGACACUGAGACAUGUGAAGUGGCUAUUUCCUUCUAUUUAUCCACCGCUCCGUGAAGGGUCCUCCGUUCUACCCAUUCCAAAAGUCAACGGCUGCAGUCCGUGCGGAUCCAACGUCAGAGACUUUUUUUCUAGUACACUUUUAUGAGCUUCUGAGAGGCAAAUGUUUAUUUUUUAGUGCAUCCAGUUAACCAUGUCAGUCCAACAGGCACCGUGCUGGAGGAGAGGCCGGGGAGGAAUCUUUUCCCCUGUUCUCUUAGUGCAGGUUUGGAACAUGCUCAAUCUCACUGGCCUGGUCUCUUACUACCUUGCAUUGACUCAAGGUCAGCUGACUGCUCUGUACAUUUCACAUGCUAAUGGGAUAAGGGAUUAUACUUUAUAAAAAUAUAGUUUUAGUUAAAGAAAUGAAGGAGGAACCACUGUUCCUGGUAUAUCAGCUCACAAGGAGAUGAUGAACUGUAUAUGGGUGUGUAUUUCUGUCACAAAGAAUUUAAAAUGAUAUUUGCCAGUCCUGUUUAUCCUUCAUGAUCUUUUUCUGGCACCGAUGACUAUUCAAAACAUCAGAUCCACCAGUAUUUUGAGAUGCACCUUCUUCUUUAGGAAAUGAUGCCAAUUAAAUGGUAACAUUCAAAGAUAACCAAAAAAAAAAAAAAAAAAAUCUUAAUAAGACCUCAUUCCUUGCCACUGACUCAUAAUUUGUUAUAUAUUAGACAUACAAAAGUUUGCCCUUGCACCAUAUAAAGGGAAAAGAAAAAUAGCUAAUAAAUGUUAACAAAGGAAAUAUUUAGCAUAUUUUAAAGUUUGGGCCACCAAAUGUAUCAUGGAUCACUUGAAAUUAUUUCAGCCAUCAGUAGGCUAAUUACAAAUAAGUCUAAAUUGUUUCAAAAGUUCUUGAAGGAACUUUUCUGAGACAAAGUUUUAACUCCUUGUCUGUAAUUGUCAGUAUUAUUCUAAUAUACUUGAAAGUAGCAGUGUGAAGUAAAAUAAUUCAUAUUCUUCAGAUACUUCUUAUACAAUUAAGCUGCAUUAGUGAAGGUAGAUUAAAUAAAACUCAGAUCCCUCUCUCAGAGUCUAAUGGGGAGGUAAGAGCCAGUCACACUUGAACUUGACACCCUGUCCUUCACGUUCGGAAAUAUCCAUAUAUUUAUAUAACAUGCUACAUAUAGACGGACAUUGAAAUCAUGGUGAAAACCUACAUAUUACAUGUUUGGAAGACGCUUACAAAGGGAAAAUUUGGAUUCCCUUCAACAAGGGUGUUUAAGAUUGUAAUUAAAAUGAUAGCUGACUUUCAAAAGCAUUAAAAUUUUUUCAUUGUUUUUAACUUUGUUUCCACGGCAAUCCUGCCAUCCUUGUCUUUGAACUAAUGAUAAAGUAAUGGUCUCAAACUGCAACAGAAAAGUAAUGUACAAUCCAUCGAAUCCAUUAUUUCUCUAAUUAUGCAAUUAGCAUCAUAGUUAUCAUCCAGAGGACCCAACUGAACUGAACUAAUCCUUUUGGCAGGUUCAAAUCAUUUAUUUCAUUCGCUGUUCUAAUGAUUUUUGUCAUUAGACUCUUACAUUGUGCAGUCAUCAGAAAUUUCCAAAGUACUGUAAUGAAACAUCCUUGUUUUGAAAACUUUGAAAAAAACAGGCUCUGUAUGUAUAUAAUAUGUACUUAAGAAUAUGCUGACUUCAAUUAUUAGUCUUAGGGAUUUAUUUUCAAUUAAUGUUAAUUUUCUACAGAUAAUCUUAGUGCCAUUUCCAUUUGGGGAUAAUGUCCUAUCAGCACAUACUUUCUAUUUGGAAACACACUGUUGUUUAGUAGUUAAGUUCUAAAUAGGCGUAUUACCCAGGAAGUAAAGACAGCACCUUUAAAAUAAGAGAAAUAUAGUCUUUUGGGUUACCCAGUGAGAGUGAAAAUUUUUUACAACCAUAUUAUUCCUUGUGUUUCCUGAAUGGAUGGACUUCCCUGUAUACUAACAAGUAUUUCAUGGUUGGGCUGUUUCCUGCUUACAAGGUUUUCUUUUCUAGUUCUUCACGCACACACAGACAUACACACACACAGGAACGCAGACAAAACACUACAGGAGGGCUUCACUGUAAUGAAUCGAUAUAUAUCAUAGUCACAGGUAAGUGUCGAAAAAAAGAUAGCUUAGUAAAGUUAAUAAGAACUAGUUAUUUAUAGCAAUAGAACAGCACCUUAAUCACACAACUUACUGUAAAAUUUAAGAGCUCUCUAUCCUUAUAUUUCAUGUCAUGUAAUAAAGUAUAUCAAGAAAGAUAGUCCUGUAAAAAGAAAGGUAUCAUCAGAAGUCUUCCUUUUGAAAUUUUGGCAUUAAUUGGAAUGUGUGUGGGUUGACGCCAGCAACUUCCAUGUUUAAGGGUAAGGUUUACACUCUCCUCCUAAGUGAAAGUAAGAAGUUCUGUAGUGGAAUUUCUGAGGUGUAAUUGGAAGUUAUCUUAUUCCACCCUGAAGAUGGGACAGUUAUACCAAGAGCAGGUUAAUAUGACUAAGUAUUCAAAUAACUGUUAAAUCUCUUACCACAAAAGCUGAUGAUGAAGUGAAUCUCUAAGAAAUUGGAUAGAUUGGAGCUGAAUAUUUUGCACUAGGGUCCUAUAAAUGUCAAGACUGAGUAAUAUUUUCCUAAAAUUAAAGCUGCCUGAUGUCGUGAAAACAAUAAGAGCCAUAGUUCCAGCAUUCUGUGCUGGUCUCACUUCCUUCCACCAAGACAUCAGGUCAAGAACCUGGGUUGACAUGAAUGAUUACUGGAGAAAACAUUAGUUUUCAGCUCAGUUUUCACAUUGUCUCUGUCCUGAUAUUAGAUGUUUGUGAUGAGAAAGAAGGAAAUUGAGAAGAGGUAAAGUUGUUUUAAUAUUUGCUUUAAUCACUGAGAAACAAAAUUCAUUAAAUAUAGGGAGAUUGCCUUUGUGGGUUGUUUCAAGGACUUUGAGGCCCUUCUCACUUUUUUUUUUUUUUUCCCUCUAUUCAAAGGGGAAAGUUUCUUCAUCACUGAGAUGUUCCCUAGAAUAAGCUGAAAUUUUUAAAACAUUAAGCUAUUGUGCAUAAGUUUAAAGCCCCUUCACUUCAUGGCACUUUCUUCUGAAAGGCCUGGAAAACAUUCAUUCCCAAAUAAAAAACUAAAUCAAAUGAGGGAGAAUCAAAAAUGGUUUCAUAGAGCCAUAAGCGAGGGGACCUGGGCCCAGAAAAUAUAUGUUUUUGUAAGAGCUUUCUUAGCUUUACAAUUUAGGUGCAUAUAGGGAGGUUUGUAUACAAAUCAACUCCAUUUUCAGAUGGAAUAACACCUGGUGUUAUAUUCUAACUCAGUAUAAAAAUUUUGGUUUAGUGUUCAUUUUCAGCUCCCAAAAAGUUGUACAAUAAGUUCUUAUAAGUUGAAUCUCUGUCUUAGAAGCAUCCAAAUUUUACGGAUCUAAAUUAACUUCAGAAUGUUUUCAUUAGUUUCAUUUUUAGGUAAUUUUUAAAUUUAAACAUUUAAGUAAUACAUACAUUUGAGGUGUUCUGAUUUGCUGAGCAAUACCUUAUACGAAAUGCUUUGUCUUGAAAUGGGUAUUUCAUUGGAGAUAAUCAUGUAUAAACUACGAAUUGGGCAUUCCUCAAUUCUAUAUACUUGAGGACCAUUAAAAAAGUAUGCAGUUGAAAGGAAAGAAGAAACUUGAUUCCUGGGCACAAACUAAAUAUUUAAAGCAGGUACAGCUAAAUUCAUUUUCCCCAGAGACCGAACGAACCACCAAAUAAAUUAUUUUUUCAUAGUCACUAGUGUUGAAGUGGUGUAAUUACUUUGGAAGAACACUAAAAAGUCAUGAUCUCCACUAUUUUGAAAGGUAUCCUCUGAAAAGGAUCAUUUUAGUGUAAUUUUAUUCUUUUUUUUUUAUCUAGAUGAAA